CAACUGCUUCACCUUUAAUUAUUCACUUACAUACCUAGGUAUACCCUUCAAGGUUGUCUUUUAAGAAAUGCAAUAGGAACUCUUAUUGAUAUUUUCUAGAAAGUGUGGCGUAUCAAAUUGAAGCAUGACUUCUAUUACGAAGUCGUGGCUUUGCGCAACAUGUCGACGCAAAGCCCCUAUGCCACUCGCCUCUAGAAUAUCUUUUUAUUCAACUUCGACUUCAACUCCAACUUCAAAUCGAUAUGGCAAACACCCAAGGAUGGCCGUGGUUGGCUCAGGUCCGGCUGGCUUCUAUACUGCAUAUCGGAUUAUGUCGAGAUUACCUGGAGCGAAGAUUGACAUGUAUGAAGCAUUGCCCGUACCAUACGGUCUAGUAAGGUUCGGAGUUGCGCCAGAUCAUCCCGAAGUAAAGAAUUGUGAAACCAAAUUCGAAGAAGUUGCCAGUUCGCCCGAUUUCACCUUUAUUGGAAAUGUCGCCGUCGGCAACGCAGAUGACCACUUCGGCGGAUGUACAGUACCGUUGGAUUCUAUGAUGCGUCACUACGACGGUGUCGUCUUUGCUUAUGGUGCAUCAAAGGACAAACAGCUCGGCAUUCCGGGAGAAUCUGAAUUAAAGGGAAUUUAUUCAGCUCGAGAGUUUGUAGGCUGGUAUAAUGGCCUACCAGAAUUUGCCUCUUUAGAUCCUAACCUCACUAGAGGAGAUGAAGCCGUCAUCAUUGGCCAGGGCAAUGUUGCUCUUGACGUUGCCAGGAUGCUUUUAGAGGAUGUGGACGUACUGCGAAAAACAGAUAUCACCGAAGUUGCAAUUCAGGCUUUGUCAGAGAGUCGUAUCAAACGAGUUCAUAUCGUAGGAAGAAGAGGACCGAUGCAGGCAGCAUUUACAAUCAAGGAGGUCCGAGAGUUGAUGAAUCUUCCGGGGGUUGGUUUUCGUCAAGUCAAGAGGUCUCUCAUCCCUGAUCAAAUUUCGGCAUUGCCCCGAGCUCCGCGAAGGCUUAUGGAUAUACUCGUCAAAGGCUCCGCGUCUCCGUUCGAUUCUGCACCGAAGAAAUGGUCUCUUGACUUUUGUCUAUCACCGACAGAAUUCCUCGCUGGGCCUGGUAGGUACGUAGACAGCACCGUUUUUGAGAAGACAUCUAUGGUAUUGCCUUUCUACCCAUCUACAGGUGUCUCCGGCACUGGGGAAAGAGUAGAAAUCCCUUCUUCUGUAGUGUUUCGUUCUAUUGGCUACAAAUCCGCCGCCUUACCGGGGUUUGAGAAGGCGGGUAUCUCAUUCAAUGACAGGAACGGAAUUAUCGACAACGAUGGGAUGGGUCGUGUGUUACAAGCUAAAAGCGACGAGAGUAAUGACCAACAGAAAAGGUCGCAUGUGCCGGGAGUUUACUGUGCAGGUUGGGUCAAAAGAGGCCCAACGGGUGUCAUUGCCUCAACUAUGGAGGACGCAUUUUCUACGGGGGAUGCAAUUGCUUCCGACUGGAACGCCGGUGUUCCAUUCCUGGAAGGGGAAAACAACGCCGGCUGGGAGGCCCUUCGGGAAGGGGUACAGGUUGGACAAAGCAAAGCCAUUCAUUGGGAUGACUGGCAGAGGAUAAAUAAGGCAGAAAAAUUACGGGGUAGUUGGAUUGGAAAAGAAAGAGAGAAAUUUCUAAGCGCGACAGAAAUGACCGAGGCAGCAAAGACCAUAUGAAAAUUGAAAAACUUCCCUCCCGGGUUAUU